AGCAGCAACGUCCAUGGGAAGAAAAACGGAAGCCACGUAAAUUACCCAGGAUUGCGACCUUGUGCUUUGCAGCGCUCAAAAUAAUUAAAAGUCAUUUAAGAUGUUAUUACAGUGACACUAAACCGAAAUGUUGUAAUCGUUGUUGUGCCUGUGUCAGAAUUUUUUACAUGAUGAUCUCUCUCAUCAAAACUGUUGUUGGUAGCGUGGCUGCACUCGGCGCUCAUGGUCAGCAGCACGGUCUUCUGCACAGCCACUUCAGAGUUCUCACAGCUGGAUUGAAGACAUUAGAAAUCCCCCCUGACUACAGUGAUGUGGUGCUGCCAGAGAAACCCAAACUGAAGUUUCUGAACAAGGUGCCCAAUUUUAAAAAAGCUAGAAAGGAGAUGAAGAAACUGUGGGAUAUUCAAGGGCCGGCUAAGGCAGCAAAUACCUUCACGUCUGGACAGUAUGCAAUUGUGGCAAUGGGAGGGGGCUACCUUAAAUGGGGCCACUUGGAGAUGAUACGUCUAACCAUCAGCCGCAAGAUGGAUUCCCGUACCACGUUUGCUCGCUGGCGCAUCAAUGCCCCAUACAAGCCAAUCACGCGAAAAGGGCUCGGUCAACGCAUGGGUGGAGGCAAAGGAGCCAUCGACCACUACGUGACACCUGUCCGCUUUGGCCGCCUCAUUGUGGAAGUGGGAGGAAAGGUGGAGCUUGGAGAAGUCGAGCAUAUAUUGAUUGAAGUAGCAAAGAAACUUCCCUUCCCUGCUAAGGUGAUGAGUAGAGAGAGCUUAGAAGUCUUCCAAAAGACUCAAGCUGAUAUGGAGGCGAACAACCAGAACCCAUGGACCUUCAAGAGGAUUGUUGAAGGAAACAUGCUUGGUAUCAGGAAGGUGCUCAGCCCGUUUGACCUGAAGAAUCAUGGACGCUUCACAGGGAAAUUUUACAACCCAGGGAGGGUGUAAAAGACCCAAUGACAGAGAUCAACAGUAACAUUACUAGAUGAACUUCACUGCAAUUUGAAGAAACUUUAAGAAGAAACUUCAAAAAAUGCCUUUGGCUUCCUGGAAUGGACAUGCCUUUCCCAUUUUGUGUUCAUGUUUUUUUUUUGUGUGUGUGUAAAUCAUUAAAAAGUUGUCUAAUUCUGUCAAAUUCUUUUCAUUUCAUAUG